CUCCUCGUCGUCUUGUCGCUCGCAGCAUUAGGCACGAACAGCAGGGGCUGAAGUUUUCUCCCGUGGCUUUCUUUCCGCUGUAUCUGCUGCAUCGCCCUUCGCUCUCGCUCUCGCUCUCGCUCUCGCUCAGAUUCUGGGCUGGCUAAGGAUGGAGCCGAGCCCGUCUAGUGGGAGCGACAGGAAGAGGCGCGUCGAUCAGACGACGAAUGAUGGUGGUCAUAUCGACAGCGUAUAUAGAUUUACAAUACUGUUGCCGAAUGGGACUACUGUGGGCAUCACAAUAAGGGACCCCAGCUCCUUCAUGCCCCUUGAAGACUUCAUACUCAUGAUCAAAGAAAGGUACGUUCGAGCCAAAGCACAGGAUCCGUUGCUCAAGUUGAGACGUCCCAUCGCAUGGGAGAGCGAUGGGUCGUAUAUAGAAGAUGCCAAUGGACAUAAAAUCAAAAGCAGAAUCAUUUUCGCCCACUUUAAGCCACACAAACGCCACAUCUUGCAUCUUCACGAUGGGUCUGCCAACACAACUGAUACUUUUGAGAAUAUGUGGGAUUUGACGCCCGAUACAGACUUGUUGAAGGAGCUACCUGAAGAAUAUACUUUUGAAACUGCUCUUGCAGAUUUAAUAGAUAAUUCCUUGCAAGCUGUGUGGGCUAAUCCUCCGAAAACUAAAAGAUUGAUUAGCUUGGAUAUAUCUGAUGAAAAGAUCUCAAUCUUUGACACUGGCCCUGGAAUGGAUGACAGUGAUGAGAACUCUAUAACAAAGUGGGGAAAGAUGGGUGCCUCACUUCACAGAAAGUUUAAAGCUGAGGCAGUAGGUGGGAAACCUCCAUAUCUAAUGCCUUUCUUUGGCUUGUUUGGAUAUGGAGGACCAAUUGCCUCUAUGCAUUUGGGAAGGCAUGCCGUAGUUUCUUCCAAGACUAUGAAAUCCAAGAGAGUAUACAUGUUACAUCUGAAGAGAGAAGCUCUAUUGAGCAGAUCUGGUUCUCAACACUCUUGGAAAACUGAUGGUGGCGUAAGGGUUCCUUUAGAAAAUGAAAGUGCCAGAGCACCUCAAGGAAGCUUCAUGAAGGUUGAGAUUUUCAAGCCUAGAAUGAAAAAGGUGAAUCUAUAUCAACUCCAGUGCAAGCUGAAGGACAUCUAUUUCCCAUAUGUUCAGUGUGAUGGUUUGUCUAAUUUGAGGAGGACAACCAGACCGGUCCAUUUCGAGGUUAAUGGUAUUGAUUUAGCUGAAAUUGAAGGCGGGGAGGUUGCAAUCACCAACUUGCAUUCAUGCAAUGGUCCUGAUUUUAUAAUUCAAGUUCAUUUUUCGAUCACACCGGACACUGAUGCUAAUAGAAUACUUGGUUCCACAUCAAUUCAUGAGGCUAAUGCUCGCCUGAGGUGUGUCUACUAUCCUGUUGUUCAGGGGAAGGAAAACAUCGAGAGAAUCUUAGAGAAGUUAGAAGCUGAUGGAUGCAAAGUUGAUGAAACCUAUGAAUCUUUCAGUCGCGUGUCAAUCCGACGUCUUGGCCGACUGCUUCCAGAUGCUCGCUGGGGUUUGCUUCCAUUCAUGGAAGAGAGACAUAAGAAAGGAGAUAAAGCUCACUUAUUCAGGAGAUCUUUCUUUAGAGUUAAAUGCUUUAUUGAGACUGAUGCUGGAUUCUCUCCAACAACUUCUAAGACAGAUUUGGCCCAGCACAGCCCAUUUACCAGUGCUCUUAAAAAAAUUGGCAGGCCUCUUGAUGGAGUUAAAGAAAUAAAAUUUAAAAUCUGUAGAGAAGAGAAGUUGUUGACUCCUUUACAAUUGGAAAAGGAAUAUUGUGAUUGGAUUAUCCAAAUGCAUGAACGUUAUGAUGAAGAGGUUGACAGCGGCGAAGACCAAGCUGUUUUCAUAAUCAACCCUGGAAACAAGAAGGCACUUGGUGUAUCAUCUGACGUUGUGAGAGUGCACCGUCGGAUGAAAAGGAAGGGAGUAUCUUGGAGACGUGGCCAGAAAAUCAAAAUUCUGAAAGGAGCAUGUGCCGGAGUGCACAACAACAAUGUUUAUGCUACUCUGGAAUAUUUUUUGCUUGAAGGACUUCAAGGAGACGGUGGUGGGGAAGCACGAAUCAUGUGCAGGCCGCUAGGGGUGCCUGAUGAGAAAGGCUGCAUCCUCAAUAAGCAUGAUGGAAAUGUUUGCUUGGAGGUUCAGAGUUCUGUAUCUAUACCUAUUGGAGUCAUUGACUCUGGAAAGUUAGUAGCUGUUGGGAAAUCCGAGUGGGAGUGCCAGUUGGAGAAGCACCGCUUGAAAGCACCAUCUUCGAUUGACUUGCUAGAUGCCAACCAAUGUGAAGAGUUAGGAGUUCAUGGGGCAGUACCAGUUCAUGCACCCAUUCCUGCUGGACAAGACCCUCCAAAGGAAAUUGUAGCAGUUGUACGGCCAGCAAAUUUCAGUUACUCCACUGCCCCAAAGAACUUGGAUCAGAAGUACAUUGUCAAAAAUAAAAUGGAAAUGUCUAUGGAAGUCAAAUUCAGUGGCGAUUCUGACAAUGGUCAAGAAAGUCAUCUCUAUUCAUCUCGCGUGACACCGUCUAGUCAUAGAGGAUUUCAUGGUCUAUACAUCUUUUCCUUGCAGCACAAGUCACAUGACCUAUUUCAGAAAUCCGGUGUAUAUAGAUUUUUGUUCCAUACGGAUGAGACAAGCUGUAAGAACUGUGAAAAAGAGGUAACAGUUCAUGCAUCUGCUGAGGUUGGAAGGUGGCAACUUUUGGGAUAUGAUCAGAAUAAGCAUCUUAAAGUCAGGGUUGGAUCAUGCUUUACACCUUUAGAUGUUGCAUGUUAUGACAGAUAUGAGAACCUCAUCCCAUUUCCAUCAACUCCAAAAGUCAAUUUGCAAUUCAAGAUGCGCAAAGGCACGUUGAUUUGUGUAAAGAAAAUGAAGGCAUGCCGUUUGGCCGAUAAAAAGACUCUAAGAAUUAAGGAUUUACUAAUAGAAAGUGGGGAUUUAGACAUUAUCCGGCCAAGCUAUGAGGGCACAAUGCUUCUAUGUCCACCAGAUGAAUCUUUGUCAAUUUCUGUACCAUGUCAAGUUAUUCCUGGACACAUGCGGCGAGUUUUGGCACAUCCAUCUAUGCAAAGUAUUCAAAUGCUUCCUGGGUGCAUAGUACAAGAACUCAAAUUGGAGAUGUUUGAUGCAUAUGGAAAUCAUGCAUUGAAGGGAUCUGAAGUUCUUUUGAAGGUUGAGGGAUUUUCCAUUGAAGAUCAGAUGGGUAAAAAGCACAAGGUGGAUCAUGAUGGAUUUGUUCAUCUUGGUGGCAUGUUGAAAGUUACUGCAGGUUACGGUCAAGAUGCAUCACUGUCUGUUAUAGCCGGUGGUGAAGAAAUAUUCAAGGAAGAGUUCCAAACAGAAAAAAGGGAGCUCAGAGUUGCAGAACCAGUGCCUCAGCUUUGUGCAGCUGGUUCCCAACUAGAAAAUUUUGUCUUCGAAAUUGUGGAUUCAGAGGGUAAUCUCGAUGAGAAUAUCCACAACGAUGAAGGAAAUGGCCAUUUUCAUACACUUUCCAUCAAACUGGACUCGUCCGUUACAAAAUCGACCACUUUAUAUGCUUUUCGAAAGGGGAGAUGCACUAUUCCUUCUCUUACUGUCCCUCAAGAUGCUGGGUGCUUUAGCUUUUCUGCUGUUCAUUCUCGUCACCAAGAGUUAUCUUUAAGCAUCAAGAUUGGCGUUCAGCCUUCUUCAGAUUUGCAGCCUGAGAUUCAAACUGUAUGUCGAAAUAGGGAUGCAAUGAUGCUUCAGGACACAUCAACCCCUAUUGAUGUACAGAAUGUACUUUCCAUCAUCAAGAAUGAGAAGGUUCUUGAGGAUGACAUUCUUGAAACUGGUUCGCGAAUUGGACAUCGGGAAAAGGUACUGAAGUUGCUGCAUGACCGGAAGGUUGAAAUAGAGCAAUCCUUGAUGGAGUUGGGAGUUUAUGCAGAGCCUUCCCCCUUGAACUGCUUUUUCACCAAAGAGGAAAUGAUGGACAUGAUAGAAAACAGAGAUGGCUCGGCGGCUUCUGUUCUCUGUGAACUUAUCAGAAAUUUUCCUUCAGAAGGACCGCAUAGAAGAUCUAGAGAUGGCAUCAUUGGUGUGGUUGCACUUCUUGGAACAAUUUGCAAUAUUGAGCUUAGCAGGAUCUUAGCCAAGUAUCUGGGUGAAGAUCAAAUGCUUGGGAUUGUGUGCACAAACUUUGAGACCGCAUUUAGUCUCGAGAAGUAUGACGAAAACGGAGAAGUUGAUCUCCAAAAUGCUGUUUAUGCAAAAGCAGCUGAACUUGGCAAGUCUAUUAGUCGUGAAUUCCGUGUCAUAUGUCUUGAGGAAAUAAGCCCAUAUAGAGGAGAGUUUGAAGGCUGUGAUCCUCAGAGGAAACUGGCUUUGCCUCAUCCUACCUUGCCCAAUGGAGAAAUUCCUCCGGGCUUCAUGGGAUACGCAGUUAACAUGGUCGACAUAGCCGUCGAUCAUUUGAUUACAAGAACAACCAAAGGCCUUGGUCUUCGAGAAACACUGUUUUAUCGGUUUUUUGGCAAGUUACAGGUUUAUGACACCAGAGAACACAUGAAGCAGGCUCGUGUCUGCAUAGAUCACGGUGCUGUAUCGCUGGACGGUGGGAUAAUACGAGAGGAUGGAUUGAUUUCUCUUGGCUUCUGGAAGCCAGACAUAUUCUUUCCUGUUGUCAUGUCAGAAAUUCAGAUCAAUGCUUCGCCAGAGAGUUCUCAACUCAAGAUGCAGAUUGAAGAGGCUAUGUCAGAGUUAAGAGUGACCGUCCACAAGAUACGUAAGAUUACAAGAGCUUGUGAGGAAGAUAAGCGGCAAUUUUAUGGGAAGACUAAGGAAUUUCAUAAGUUAAUGGACACGGCACAGGCUUUCAUGAAAAAUCACUGUCCGAAGUUGGAAUCCUGCCCGAAAGAAUUUGUCUCCCCUACCAUGCCCUUGUGAAUUAUUUUUAGUUUUAUAUUUUUGGGCUUGGAAAGAUGGGAUUAUUGUCUAUGCCAAGUAAAUGAAAGAUAACCAGAGUACUUCUGUGCAGCUACCAAUUUUAUGGAAUUGAAACUGUGGAGAAACGCAGAGAAAUGUGCUUCUUGGAAAAUGCACGUCCUAUAACCCCUAACCAUGGCUAAGGAUAUCUGCUAGUACUGUUUUUCGAGCAGCCUCGCCAUCACAGCUCGCACCGCAAGUCAAACAUCUUUGUCCUCUUUGAUGGAUUGACAAUCCGGAAUCAUAAGUCAUUUGGCAUCGCUUCAUCUAUCGCCCCAAAUUAUGAGUUUCCGAAUCAAUGCUAAUGAGAAUGCGUGUUAUUUGCAGAUGUUUUCCAUGAUCUCGGAUAGAAUGUCGAUUAUAUUGACUGCAGUACUCUCUGCACUUGUGGAACACACUUGAUAGAAGCCAGUACAGAAACCAUGGUCUGAUGUACUUGUCCUUCAUCAAGUCCUGCUGAAUGCCCAAAGUUUUAUAUGCCUGUUUUGGGCGGUUUAUAUUUAAAAUUCUCAAUUAGAAUGGGUUCUUCUUUUAA